CGUGCCGUAUCUGUAACGGGGCAACAUGUUCACGAACGUCGACAUUCGCGGCGUCGAGCGCACUCGAUGCUCGUCGAGCGGCUGCGAAUGUGACGCCUUCACGCGACCCUCGGCCGUGGACACGUGCGUCGUGCAAGCCGCAUCGGUGCAGUGCGGCUGGUGCUGUUACUGCGGCCACUCGCCGGUCACUCACUGCCGUGCAACAGGUGCGCCGUCCAUGGAUGCUGGACCGGAGGAAAAUGGAAUUGUUCAGCUCGAAUGCACCCCAAUAAUCUCAGAAGUCAUCCAAGCGGUAUCGCCUGGAAAUGUUUCGGCUUCGGGCAGUGAGGACAAGAUUGGCACUGAAGAAGAGAAUGGGGAGAUGGUUGAAGCUGUUCAGUGUCUCGUCAAAGCGGAAGUAGACUCUGUGCAUGAAUCAAAUUCAGAAACGGAGCCAGAGUCGAUGCCACAGCAUGAGCCAGAGCACGAGUCACAGCCAGAGCCAAGCUUGGAACGAUCAAGGAAGAGGAGGCGAGAGUCUGAGAGCGAAACAACUUGUUCCUGCGGACUGAAGGAAAAGGUGGAGCAGCUAGAGCGAGAUAAGAAGAGACUUAUUAGGCAUCUGCGAGAUUUGUGGUUCAAUCCACGCCCGGCCACAGCCACGGAGGCAAAUAGAACCAAUCACGUUGCUACCACACGAACUGAGCAGCGCGAAGCUGCAGCUGAGCAUAAUUACAGUGAAGAGGUAGCUGCGUUGAAAGAAACCUUGUCAACACAAAAUCAGCAGAUUGAAGACACGGAUAUGAAAUUGGAAAAAUUGGGUCGAAAAGUCGAGAGGCUGAGAAGACGAAGAAAUGAGGCAAGGCAGAUGAUCGAGCUUGGACGAAUCAUCGAUGAUGCAAAAGACACAGCAUGCAUACUGACCUCGGCAGCCAUCGCAGCACCAGUUAACAAGGUUUGUUUUACACGUCUAGCAGUCUGUGUUUUCAUUCACUUGCAUGAACUUGCAAGCUGCAUUUACGUUGAAGCAAUGGCAUGUAGGUCGCUUCCCUCACUGCAGCGGCCACGUUUCCUUGCACCAGCAUAUUGAAUUAAGCCAGGUCGAUUGCUAA